AUGUCCUCGGGAUUGACGCGACGCCGCGGCGGCGCAGGACCUGCGGCUGAAGGCGAUUCCAGCAACGGCACUGCCCCUAGAACGAGCACACCCAGCGCCAGGGACAACGGCCCCGAGACGAGCUACGAGAGCACGGAAAAUGGCCACAAGAUCGCCUUUGACCCUCGCGACAUCAGCGAGAGCGCAGAGCGAAGCAAGCAGCCCAAGCUCACUCUCAUGGAGGAGGUGUUGCUACUUGGCCUCAAGGAUAAGCAGGGCUACCUCUCUUUCUGGAACGACAACAUUUCUUACGCUCUGCGAGGAUGCAUUGUCAUCGAGCUGGCCUUCCGAGGUCGCAUCGCAAUGGAGAAGGAUGCUUCGAGACGCCGAUUCCCCCUCGCAGACCGCAACAUCGAGGUCAUAGACGACACUCUUACCGGCGAGGUUCUCCUUGACGAGGCCCUCAAGAUGAUGAAGCAGAGCGAGAAGAUGAGCGUCGCAACCUGGAUUGACCUCAUGAGCGGAGAGACCUGGAACUUGAUGAAGAUCGGAUACCAGCUCAAGCAAGUUCGAGAACGACUUGCAAAGGGACUUGUCGAUAAGGGCAUCCUCCGCACUGAGAAGCGCAAUUUCCUCCUCUUCGAUAUGGCAACUCAUCCUGUCGCUGAUGGUGGUGCUAAGGAGGAGAUCCGCCGCCGCGUUCGCAACAUCCUUACCCAACGAACCGUCGUCCUCAACGGUAGCCAGUUCCUACCCGAGUCGCUUGAGUUCCGUUACAUGCGCAGUAUCGCCAUGGUUUGCGCCGCCUACGCUGCUAAUGUCCUCGAGAACGCCCUUGCAUCCCUUGGCCACGAGGCUAGAGAAAGGGCUUUUGCGCAGACCGAUGAUCUGCUCGCCGACUACAGCCAAUGGCCAUUCGGCAAGAAGGCCACACAAAACGGCAUCGGGGCCAACUUGCCUCAGCUGAUCAACGAGGAGGUCAACAGCGGCAAAGACAAGGAGCUUCAACUCGAGGUGGUUUCGGCUUGCUUGAGCGUCUUUACUCGGCUUGACUCCCUCCUAUAG